CCAGUUGCCUUGCUCACCCCUGCAGGCGGGGCCGUUUUCUGUGGGCUGCGGCCUGUGUUGAUAUCGAUGUGGAGGAGACGAUAUAACUGGUUACUUAUUCUCUCCAUCAGAUAUUACCGAACCUAAGAUGGCGCUGUGUAAUCCAAUAAAGAGGAAGCCUGUGUAGUGUAGUAGGCUGUAGCGGUGUGGUUGUGGGGCUGCGGUGGUAGUGUGGUGGUGGUGGUGGUUGUGGUGGCACUGUCUGACUCUCCUCUCCCUCUCUCUCUAGUGUGGGCUCAGUGGCUCUCUAAGUCUCACCAUGGCUGGCGGGUCCAAUACACGUUUGCUACUUGUGACAGCCAACAUUGCCUCUUGUUUUGAACAGCCUGACACUAUGCUGAAGCCAUGGAUUACAGAAUUCUUGAAGACUGUGGAGGAGCACGAGCCUCACUUCAUUGCCCUUCACUGCCAGGAGGUGGGUGGCAAGAACUAUGAGGAGAGCAUGCAACAUGUGGAGCAUUUUAUAAGAUCACUGAUGAAUAGAGGAACAAUGCUGCCCUUUGACAAGAUCAGAGUUUACUUAGAUGAAGAGUAUGAGUCUGCUGAAAAGUUCACUGCCCUAGGAAACCUGUACUUCAUUCACCAAAACGUACAAGAUGUUCAGUUAUGGGACUUUGAAGAAAAGAAAUUCGUAGAUUGUUUAGAUAGAAGAGAAUAUUCAGGAAAUAUUGAGGAUGUCACUACGAAAGAAAAGUCAAAAUUUCCACAGGAAUUCUUCCCUGAGUGCAAGUGGUCUCGUAAAGGGUUCAUGAGGACUCGUUGGUGUCUGAAUGGAACGAAGUUUGAUCUAGUUAAUAUUCAUCUUUUUCAUGAUGCUUCAAAUUUUGUUGCAAUGGAAGGGUUCCCGUCAGUGUACAGUCGUAACCGCAAAAGGGCUUUAGAGCACACACUUGACAGGUUCCAUAAUGACAGCUAUGAAAAAGUGCCAAUCUUCCUCUUUGGAGACUUCAACUUCCGACUCAAUACUCAAGCUGUAGUUAAGAAAAUUAGUGAGGGAUGUACGCUAGUGGAUGGAGAGCUGCCAGAUACAAAUGAGAAAUCACAGAACUUUAAAGAUGGCAAAGGUCAAGUGCGGCUGACAGUAUCCAAGAAGACCUUCAAGCAUCAAGAUCACCAAAAUGUGUUCCUCAAGGAUAAUGGAAACUGGCUUCGUGAAUUUGACCAAGAAGUGUCACAGUUUGGAGAUAGAUUAGCAGAAUUCCCCAUCACUUUUCCUCCAAGUUACCCAUUUGAAGAAGGUGCUGAAGGAGAAGGCUCUCACUACAUGCAGACACGUUGUCCUUCGUGGUGUGAUCGUGUCGUCUUGGACAAGGCAGCUAAGAAACUCGUUGAUUCAAGUGGCAGUAAAGUGAAAUAUAAUCUUAUUGGGCUGACAACCACUAUGGGAGACCAUAAGCCAGUGGGCCUUUGUGUGGAGGUUCCCAUAGGAGCAGGUACAGUGCAGUGUUGCUCACCUCAGGCACCAUGUCGUAACUUUGUGCAUGAUCCUGCUGCUCAGUGUUUUGUGCAGUCAGGCUGGUGCCUCUGUCAGUCCUAUCCACCCUGCCCAAGACCCAUUGUAGCAUCUGUGUGCUCCAACAACCCACUCCUAACCCCUCUCCCAGGCCAGGUUCUUCCUGUGACCCUAGCCUCUGCAUGUCUCAACCCAGUAAAGGUUGACAUGUCCUUCACUCAAGAUAAUGUGAACACCCCUGGACAGUGUUUAGUGCCUCAGUGUGUGUGUAGUGCUGGUGUUAGUGAGGAAAAGCUUAGUCAUCAGUGUCAUUGUCAGUUCCGAACCACAGACCCUCAAGUGAUACCCGAAGCUGGAGUUAAGUCUAGAGACCUAAUGAGGAAUCUGUUGCUGUUAGGUGCUGGCUGUGAUACUAGAGGAGGCUUGGAAAACACUGAUCAGUUAUUGAAAAGAGUCAAUUCUGCACCUAACACUAGUGUUGUACCACCCAAACCAUAUCACCACAUUCCCCUGGCAUCUUCACACUCCCUUGACACUGGUCGGUGCCUUCACCUGACAUAUGCACCUAAUGCUAAGCUGCGACUCAGGUCUUCCUCCUCAAGAUUCUUAUCACAUCACAGUUCUUCUACUGAAGAAUGGUUUGAAGAAGUAUUUAUAUCUCAGGAUUCAAACAAAUGUGAAGAUAAAUCAUGUGAUACAUUAGUAGCAGCAACCUCACCUGAACUUAAAGACUGCAAUAAGGAUACCAUUCCAUCUCCAAUCACAUCACCAAACAAUGUUAAUACAGACAGAAAAUCUUCUCCAGUAUCAGGGGAGCAUCAGGAAGAUGUGACUUUAUGGGGUCCUGUUAACCAGGUGAGAAAAGAAUCUAUUGGUGACAGCUUAGGUGGUGAGAGCUUGGGUGAAUGUAGUGAACAGAGGGAAGAAAGUCAUAGCACUAAAGAAUUAUCAGUGGACCAUGAACACUUAAGCACUGAACAACACUCCCUCAAUAACUUGCUCCUAGCAGACAGUUGUGAUCAACUCUCAGCUAAGAAUCUUUCACAAUCUGGGUCCAGCAUAAGUGCACACUACAGUGAAGAUAGUGUUUCCACUGGAGGCAGACUCCUCAAGGAUGGGGAGACUGUGUCACAGGCCCCAACAUUUGACAUAGCAGAUGUUGACCCCAGUGAUGUAAGCACUUCCAAGCAACAUGCAAUUAGUCAAAAGCCUAGCAGCAAGUCCAGUACUGACAUGUCUGAGCACCCACCUGGCCACUGCUGUUGUGUUCUGUCCUAACCUUGGCUGCAUAUACCUUCCUGUAGUAUCCCAUGAUGGGACUCCAGUUGAUGAGCCUGUGUGGCAGCUGAGAGAGCCAAAGGAAGCAAGCAGUCCAUCUGGCCACUUGUCGGACUCUGCCAAUGAAAGUGAGGAACCAGUAUCUCAGGCCAUGUGGUGUGGACCAUCAGGC